UUUUGUGAUAAUAUACAUUUAUAUGUGUCCUGUUCCACGCAACUAUAUCUUUUACACAACUAAAAGUACGAUUUGUGCUGAAGGCAAAUCACAUAGGUUCCGGUACUGCUCUGUUUCUCACUGUCACUAGCUUUAAAGACAUCAGCGCUGCACUUCCGAUCAGCUGAAGUUCAGCUGAUGUCGACGUUGCUCGGCCACCUGCUGUUUCCUUUGCUUACAACAGACCAGCGGACACAUUGGUCGGAUAGCUUAUAGACACAAAUGUCUUCAUUUUAGCAGUAUAGUCCGGGCGCGCCAUUGUUUGCGGUGUAAAGUAGGCUAGUUGCCGUCACAAUGUAGAAACACAUGUUCGCCAUUGUUGAAAUGGUCAGGAUUUGAUGCCCAAAUUUAAUUCUUUAAAAAGGCUCACUUAGCGAAAAUGUGCAGCUAUAAUUUAUUAACAAAUAUGACGUCAUUGAGUCGUACAAAAACAGGGGUCGAUAUUGGCAAAAUUAUGUAACUAUAUGUUUCUACUGUUCGACAGUUAUUAGAUUAAUUGUAAUGGCAUGUGAGGGCAUGUGUCUUUAUCAAUACUUUUUUAAAAUGUCCGAUCAAAUGCAUUCAGGACUUAACACAUUUUUUUUGCUCAUGGUAUCGAUGGUGUACGCAACAAAUAAAUCUCAAUAAAGUUUUAACGUUUUGAAACAUCAUGGCGGCUUACACGGUUCAUUCAGUUAUCAGGUGCUCAAUAAAAAUGUUAAUGAAAGAUAUAGUUAUGACCCCAGGGAAAUUUCUCCGCGUGUCAGUCAGAUGCACUGCAGAAAGUUGGAGGACAGGUAGUUCAUCUACUACAUCCUGCUCCUCUGGGUCUCCAGUUGCAGAUGUCUGUGCCUCUGCUAAACCUGUUGUACACUAUGAUUGCCUGGUUCAGUGUGGCUCCCUCAGGAAUGAUGCACAGCAGAGACAUGUCCUCCAGCAGCUGUCUCAGCUGCAGCAUGCCCUUAAGAACUAUAAUAACAGUAUCUACAUGAACCCACCUCCACCAAGACUGGACUCAAAAGAUGACAAGAGUCAGCAUCAGAAAGACACAGCCCCCUGCAUUACAACAGAAAAGAAAGAUGGUGAUUUGGCUGUCAAGGAAGAACCCACUUCACCACCAGCAGCACCACCCAUAGGCUUCUAUAUCUAUGGAGAUGUUGGCACAGGGAAGACCAUGCUUAUGGAUUUGUUUUAUUCCUAUGUGGAAAAUGUACAUAAAAAGAGGGUCCACUUCAAUGGCUUCAUGGUGGACAUCCACAAAAGGAUCCAUCGGAGCAAACAAAGCCUGCCAAAGCGAAGGCUAGGAAAAAUGUUCACCUGUGACCCCAUAUCACUGGUUGCCAUGGAGCUCAGCAAAGAAACCUGCCUCUUGUGUUUUGACGAGUUUCAGGUAACCGACGUUGCUGAUGCCAUGAUCCUGAAGCAGCUGUUUGAGAUGCUGUUCAAGACCGGAGUGGUGGUGGUGGCCACCUCCAACAGACCCCCUGAAGAUCUGUACAAAAACGGACUUCAGAGGGACACCUUCCUACCUUUCAUUGAAGUGCUGAAGGAGCACUGCCACACCGUCUGCCUCGACACUGAUAUUGACUACAGAAGGCUGGACGUGGCUGCAGCAGGAAGACUCUGCUACCUCACAGAGGAGCCUGGUGCAGACGCCCUCAUGGAUGCUCUGUUUGAGGAGCUGGCAUUAAGACAAAAGAGCGUUGUAGGUCCUCGAGUGCUCACAGUGCUGGGCAGAGACGUGAUGCUGGGAAAAACCUGUGGUUCCAUCGCCGACUGUACUUUUGAUGACCUGUGUGGCAGACCCCUGGGUGCCAGUGACUACUUGGAGAUGUCACGGCUUUUUGACACCGUAUUCAUCCGCCAUGUUCCCGUGUUGACACGGUCUCUGAGGGACCAGGCCAGACGUUUCACCACCCUCAUAGACAACUUCUAUGACAACAAGGUGAGAGUGGUGCUACUGGCGGCAGCUCCUUUAAACCAGCUGUUUGUCCACUCUGGAGGGGAAGAUGAGAGGGACCGACAGCUGCUGGAUGACCUGGGCCUCAGCGGAGAGGCAGCACAACGUUUGGCCCUGUUCACAGCCGAGGAGGAGACUCUUGCCUUCCGGAGGACUGUCUCCAGACUGAUGGAGAUGCAAACGGAGUCAUACUGGACUGAAGGAGACUGCAGUCACAGCAAGAAAGACAUGAACACGUAACAACCAGUUCUGACUGUCAGGAUAAUUAUAUGGCUCCAGACAACGCGGUACCUCACUAACUACCAACACUGCAUUAAAAAAGUUCCUAUUUAGCAGAAAUAAAAAAGAUCAAGUAACCUAUAUUCUGGGCAAUUAAAGCAAGUGUUUAAUGAAUAAGCAGCACUUUACUCUAGUGUAAACCGGUUACCUGCUUUGCUUUGGAUAUGACUUCUCUUCAUCUUGUGCAUGUAUGCCUGUUGGGUCCUGUUUUGUGAGGUGUUCUCUCUCCUCCUCGUGGACUAUUUAUUAGUAUAGAAAACUCUCCAACCAUAGCAGGUACUUAUUUCAGAGACAGAAAGGGGGCCAAGUGUCCUUUGCAGUAGUUGGCUACUGCCCUCUAGUGGUGAAUGUGAAAAAGGAUCAGGUAUUUCCUAGCAGUGUGCAGUGAUGGAUUAAACCUCAACUGUAUAAAUCCUGGUAUAAAUUUAAAAGAUUCUACAUGAUAUUAAAGUGUGCAGUUAAUGAAUGAGCUCAAAAUUUUACAUUCAAGGAAAAAUUAAGCCUUCCUUAUGUUGUGGUCGGUCAUUGUCAGACUGCCAUUGGUCUGUUCCAGGUCUGAAUUUUUAACCAAGGAGAACUGGUCUUGAUUCUGACUUGGACUUUAUCAGAAUGGAUUGACUACAGCUGCUGUUUCUGACAUUGUACUUUGCCACUGUCAGUGGUCUUGUAUUGUUUAAGUCAGUGACAUACACAACUGCAAACUGCAGUAAAAACAUUUCACAUUAAUAUGUGUAAUUGUUGAGGCAAAAAAAUGUGAAUCAAUCAAGUGUCGUGCAGGUGUGUAGCCAAAAUUAACUAAGAUCUUAAACAAUGCACAAAAGAAAGAGACAAAGAAGUAGAAUAUGCCCCUCAGAUGCAGAAAUAAUGAGUUUAUGUACAAAGGUGGGAAAAUGUGAAAAGAGUCAAAAGUUUACUUUUUGGACCCAUUUUGUCAUGUCAGGUUUUACACAUGGAUUAAAUUGAUUAUU